CAGGUCAAAUAUUUUUAAAUCUGUUUUUCAUGAUCCUUGAUCCUUGAUCCUUGCCAACUGUAAGUACAGUUAGUGUGAAGCUUUGAAAGCCAAAACAAGGCCGAUCGUCCUUCUUUAUAACACCAAAUAUGUCUAUGUGCACGCGAACAGACUGGAUCAAGGUUAUCGUAACAAUUUAUUAAUAAUGAAAUAAUAAUGUGACUCGUCUGAACUUUACGUAGUUUUAUGCAUUCACAAUAAGCUUUAUAAAUGACAUACAGGUGUACAACAAAGGUGCAUGUAUUUGAAAGUUGACAAGAAUAAAAAAGCAAAACGAUAGACUACUAAAAACUAUUGUAAUUGUCACGAUGUGUAUCGUAUCGUGACGUACAGGCCCGUAGCUAGCCGAAAAAUGUGUACUGUGUAUUGAUGUUGCGUUAAAUAUUAAUUAGUAUAGUGCAUGUGGUGUGGUUUGCUGAUUAAACGUUGAAUAUUGACUAUUAUACUUUGAGGUUGAAUAUUAACUAGUACGUGGUGUGCUUAACGUUGAAUAUUAACUAGUAAAUGGUGUGCUGAUUUCACGUUGAAUGUUACAUAAUACCAGGUUGAACAGUAAGAAGAAAAAAGUGUACCUAACAAAAUAUUACCCGGUGUGACUAGUAUACAGUGUUCUGACAGAUUUGGAGACAAAUAAUAAAUUGUGUAAAAAAACUGUUUAGGAAUAAAUGUUAACAGACCAGUGUGUAUAUUGGAAACAUGUAUAAUAUGAUCAAGUAUUUAUUACUUCUAACAACAGUAGUGUUUGUUAUUGCUGAUUGUGUGCUAACUUAUCGUUGCUAUAGACAACCAGGAUCACCAUGUUCACAACAUACUUUAACAUGUUCAGAUGAUCACGUCAUAGCAGUAGAUGAAACCGCUGGUUUUAGUAUUGCAUAUGGCAGAAAUAAUCCCGUACAUGCAUGCCCUCAAGAUGAGAUGGACAUAUGUAAUGCAACAUGUUGUAGAUAUCAAGGUAUUGAUAAAGAUGAACCUGAUUAUGAAGUUGUUCCUGGUUUCAUACCAGUUAACCAAUCAGAUCGUUUAUCAGUUUAUAGAAACUGUUCAAAUCAACCAACUUGUACCGUCACAUCUCCUUACAGUCCUCAUACUGGUUAUCAUUAUAUGUUUUAUCCAUACUACUGUCUUCCAUUAAAUCAGAUGCACAAUAUGAUGGAUAUCACCGAUGUCAGUCUUCUACAUGAAUAUUUAUAUUACUCUGGUAAAACACAAACUACAGGUACAACAAUUACUAGAUGUUGUAAUAUAACAAGCUCUGAACCAAUAGAAGUAUUUAGUGUCUACGUUGAUCUGACAGAAGAAUCAAGUUACAACGUGAAGAUUUAUUCACAGAAUCAGACUUUAUUACCCAGUGGAGAUGGAGGUGGUUUAUUCUAUCAUUUGGGAGGACUGUUCAUGUCUGGAGACACGAAUUACCAUGUUGUUUUUGAUAACUUAACUGCUGAAGAAGAUGAUUAUAUUUGGAUUUUUCUAAACGCAGGUGGAACUGCUAUAAAUAUAACAUGUGGUGAUUGUCGGUCUCCUUCUACUGCUUCAAGUACUGAUACAAACAGCGAGACCUCAUCAACUGAAGGGAUUUCAAACAUUGUCACAUCUCAAAUGUCGACUGACACAAAUAACAAGACCCCAUCAACUGAAGAGACUUCAACAUCUACAGGUAAAGAUAAUCACAAUGGGGGUAAUGACUAAUGUCUGUUCCAGGUGACACGCCGACUCUAAAAUUACUCGCCAUUUCUUCAAUUUUUAAUUAUAGUGGCUAAAACUUAGUGACAUACCUAGAAUUGGCACCGCUUUGCCUGGCUUAAAAACAAGGGUUCUCAGUAAGAGAAUGGUACAAUGCCGAAACUGGAUUGUAUCGAACUUCUAGGCGUGAUUGAAGGCUGGACGGGGAAAGCAAAGGGGUGACAAUUCCAGGUAUGUUAUUAAGUUUUAGCCAUUUUAAUUAAAAAAAAUUGCAGAAAUGGCAAGCAAUUUUAAACUGUAACAGACACUAACAGUUGUAUCUUUACUUCUCGCCAUAUCAUGGCUUAUUGGUUUGUGUGUGUUGUAUCAGAAGGUAUGUAUCUAUAUGUGUUGUAUUGUGUCAGGUGGUGUAUAUUAUAUCAGGUGGUGUGUAUUGUAUCAGUUGAUGUGUAUUGUAUCAGUUGAUGUGUAUUGUAUCAGUUGAUGUGUAUUUUAUCACCUGGUGUCUAUUGUAUCACGUGGUGUGGAUUGUAUUAUGUGUAUGUAUUGCAUCAUGUGGUGAGUGCUGUAUUGUAUCAUGUGGUGAGUGUUGUAUCAGGUGGUGGUGUGUGGUGUGUAUUGUAUGUGGUGUGUAUUGGUGGUAUGUAUCCAUAUUGGUGGUGUGUGUCUAUAUUGGUGGUGUGUAUCCAUAUUGGUGGUAUGUAUCCAUAUUGGUGAUGUAUCCAUAUUGGUGGUGUGUAUCUAUUUUUCUGGUAUGUAUCUAUAUUGGUGGCGUGUGUCUAUAUUUUUGGUAUGUAUCCAUAUUGGUGGUGUGUGUCUAUAUUAGUUGUGUGUAUUAUAAGGGGGUAUAUUGGGGAUGCGCUCAUUCUCGCUGGGGACUUCAGGUGGGUUGAGAAGGGUGUAGACCCGUUGGGGAGUUCAGGUUGGGUGGAGAUGAGCUUGUUUGCAGGAUAAUAUUCUAUGUGGUUGUCAUGUCCAUACUCGAAAGAACAGUUAAGUAUAAAUCUACGCAUUCAUUGAAUUGUUUGCAAUAAAUUUGAUAAAAUCAUGCCCAUAUUAGGAAUGAUUGAAUUAUUUUUAAUAUAAUAAACUAUAAAAUGUCCAUAUUAUGUUCGGUUAUAUUGUUUUGAUACAAUUCACUAUAAAUGUAAUUACAAUUUCCAUAUUAGUAAUGAUUAAAAUGUUUAUAAUAACAUUUUAAAUUAGGUUUGAUUUUAUUAUCUAUAAUAUAUUAUGUCCGUAUAAGGAAUUAUCAAAUUGUUUAAGGUGUAUUAAACUACAUAAUGUCCAUUUUAGGUUUGAUUAAAUUGUGUAUAAUAUUUCAAUUUACAUAAUGUCCAUAUUAGGUUCGAAUAAAUUGUGUAUAAUAUUCAAAACUAUAAGAUAUCCAUAUAAGGAAUGGUUAAAUUGUAUAUAAUAUAUUAAACUCAUAAUGUCAAUAUACCAUAUAGUAUUCCAUGUUAUUAUACAUGGUUACAUUGUUAAUGAUAUAUUAAACUAUUUAAUGUCCAUUUCUAGAUAAUGACUAAAUUGUUUUCAGGCGAGUAUGAGAGUCAAGUUGAAUGUAACUAACCUUUUAAAACAUUCAGUAAAAAAUAUCUACUUGAUGAUAACCUGUUUACAUGUAUAUACAUCAAUAUUGUGUGUCUUCCCGUUAUCCAUAUUUUUUCAUACUUCUGAAAUCGGUUGGUAUCUUUAAAACACAGCGUGAAGUACCCUUGAGAGCUAAAUUAAACACUAUAGAUAUAGAUAUAGAUAGAUUUCACACUUCAUUUGCCUCACUCAGACUAUGUAAAUAUAUGUUGAUAUAAAUUUAUGCAGAUGAUGCUGACGUAUCAUUAAAUACUAUUUCAUUCAAUUUUAUUUCUUUGCUAAAAUAUUUGUUUAAAAUAUCAUUAUAAUAUGGGUUAAAUAUCUCUGAUUAGAUGUGUCGCCAUUUAAUACAAUUUUAU